AUGCAUCGAAUGAUGAAAGAAGAAUCAAGUUUCAGGACAAGCAGCCUGGAAAAUGUAAGGCGGGACCCGAGCAAAGAAAAGCUGCACAUGAAGCUCUGCAGUGGGUCCUGCCACGCGGAGCAAAUCCUCCAGACGCUGAACUCCUACAGGCAGAGCGGCAUCUUCACAGACGUGGUGCUGUUAAUUGAUGGACAAGAAUUCCCCUGUCACCGUGCCACUUUGUCAGCCAACAGCACGUAUUUCCGGGCCAUGUUUGGUGGCAACCUCAAGGAGGGCCACCAGGAUACCAUUAAUAUCCAGAAGAUAUCUGCUUCCACUAUGUCUCUCCUUCUUGACUAUAUGUAUGGGGGGAACAUCAUCAUUCAGGAGGACAAUGUUGAAGGCAUCUUGGAACUGUCUGACUUGCUGCAGAUCUCCAAGCUCAGAGAUGCUUGUGUCACCUUCCUUGAAGGCCAACUUCACCCGUGCAAUUGUUUAGGCAUCAUGAAGUUUGCUGAUUCGUUCUCCAUUGCGUCUCUGACAGAAAAGAGCAAGAGGUUCAUGCUGGAGUGUUUUGUGGAGGUGUCGUGUCAUGAAGAGUUCCUGGAAAUGGGUGUGAAGGAGCUGGUUGAGUAUCUGUCCGAUGAGCAGCUGGUGGUCCCCAAGGAGGAAGUGGUCUUUGAAGCAGUCAUGCGCUGGGUACGACAUGACGUACCUGCCAGGAAGGGAGCCUUGAAGGACCUCCUUGAGCAUGUACGUCUGCCCCUGCUCGACCCCACCUACUUUCUGGAGAAGGUGGAAAUGGAUGGACUCAUCCAGGACUCAAAGGAGUGCAUUCCUCUACUGCAUGAGGCCCGCAAGUACUACAUCCUUGGGAACGAGGUCAGCUCUUUGCGAUCAAGGCCCAGAAGAUUCAUGGAGCUGGCAGAAGUCAUCAUUGUCAUUGGGGGCUGUGAUAAGAAAGGCCUUCUGAAGCUGCCCUUCACGGACCUCUACCACCCAAAGAGCAGGCAGUGGACAGCCCUCUCCAGCGUGCCUGGCUACACCAAGUCAGAGUUUGCUGCCUGCACACUGAAGAACGAUGUGUACAUCUCAG